UUCUUCCCCUGCACACUCCCAGCCCCACGCUUUACGCAACAGGCUGCAGUACAGAUGUGGAGGACACUCGCGUGAGAGCACGACCACCUGUGAAAGCGUCGCUCCGAUGCCAAAGAUGAAAAAGCAGAACGUGCGGACGCUGUCGCUGAUUCUGUGUAUGUUCUCGUAUCUGCUGGUCGGCGCCGCGGUGUUCGACGCACUCGAGUCUGAGACGGAGAGCUCGCGGAGGCGCAUCUUGGAGCAGAAGCGCAGCGAAAUGAAGAAGAAGUACCGCUUCUCUGAGGAUGACUACCGUGAGAUCGAGCGAGUAGUGCUACAGGCUGAGCCUCAUCGCGCUGGCAGGCAGUGGAAAUUUGCAGGCUCUUUCUACUUUGCAAUAACAGUUAUUACCACAAUUGGUUAUGGACAUGCAGCGCCAGGCACAGACGCAGGGAAAGUCUUCUGCAUGUUCUACGCAGUUCUGGGCAUCCCUCUCACUCUGGUCAUGUUCCAGAGCCUGGGUGAGCGCAUGAACACAUUUGUGCGCUAUCUCCUCCACAAGACAAAGCAGUGCCUGGGCUGCAGGCGCACUGAGGUGUCCAUGGAGAACAUGGUGCUGGUGGGCUUCCUGUCUUGUCUUGGCACCCUGUGUGUGGGUGCUGCUGCCUUCGCACAUUUUGAAGGAUGGAGCUUCUUCCAUGCGUACUACUACUGUUUCAUCACACUCACCACAAUUGGCUUUGGGGACUUUGUGGCUCUGCAAAAGAAAGAAGAUCUACAAGAGAAAACUCCAUAUGUAGCCUUUAGUUUCAUGUACAUCCUGGUUGGGCUCACUGUAAUUGGGGCUUUCCUGAAUCUCGUCGUUCUUCGAUUUCUCACCAUGAACUCUGAGGAUGAGAGGAGAGAUGCACAGGAGCGGGUGUCCCUAAAGAGGAACAAGGGGCUUUUAGAUGGAGGUCUUCGGAUUUUGGGGGAACGCAGGCAAAGGACAGUGAACAGGCGGAGACACAGCACUCUGUUUCUCCCAAUGGAGGAGGGGACCAGCCGGACUAACCUGAUCGCAUCCCCAGCAGAGGACCAGGAGAGGAAGAGGAGUCCGCGCCGUGCCCGCCUGCACUUCCACAUUGCUGGGGACAGAAGACCACAGUCCAGCUUGAGCUCUCUGUGCUCUUGUAUGUGCUACCGGCUGGGCAUCUGUGACAGCCCACUCAUGGCAGAAAACCAUGGGUGCCACCUGAAUUCUGUGCACUACAACUCGGUGUCCUAUAGGAUUGAAGGAUGCUUGGAUGGAUGCAGGGACAACACUGGUUUCUCUUCACCGGGGAGUACCUUGUCACCCAAACACAGUUUUCACGACUUUGUGCGGUCCAGAAGAAAAUCUGUAUAG